AAAAGGGAUUGAGCAAUAAAAAUUUGUUUCACAUUUUUGGCUGCCACUUCUUGCCAUACAUAUUAUAUAUGGUUGGUUCCACCAUUGUUUCAUUUGCAAUUGGUUUCCUCCAAUCUUCUUUUCAUUUGUUGCCAAAAAUCACACAGACCCAUUUGAUGACUUUAUGUCCAAUGCUUUACUUCCUAAUCUCUUGUAUAUCCUUCAUCCUCCUUUCCAAGUCUUUUACUAACAACCCACUCCCUCUCCCUCCAUGGGAAAGUGAGAUCACUGAGAUGAAACUAUUGUCAAUUUGGUUUUGGGGGGAAUUAUCAAGUUUUCUUGUGUUUUGGAUGAAGGAAACUAAGCUUGCUAUGACUUUCUUUCAAGUACCCAGAUUCAUGCCAUUGAAGAAGAUGAGUCUUAGUUCCAAAGUAGAGAAUGUAGAGGAGAAAGAUGAUACUUCUCUUUUGGAUUUGCCUGACUUGGCUUUGGAAUGCGUUCUUGACCGGCUUUCCCCAGCCGGGUUGUGCAGUAUGGAAGCAGUUUGUACUUCUUUGAGGGAUAGAUGCGGAAGUGAUCAUCUAUGGGAGAAACACAUAAAGCACAAAUGGGGCAGAGUGAUUGGUGAUGUUGCUUACCGAGAAUGGCAGCAAUGGCAUGCUGUAGCCUCAAGAAAAGGACCGACACUCUUGGAUCGAAGCAAGAAAAAAGGCUUGUUUGAUUUCCUUUCUGGGGUUUGCCCAUGGUUUAGACCAAAGUCAAAAAGAAUCAACAAGUCGAGGGGUUCUUUACCGAUUGAUUCGAUCAUGGGUUGGUACCUUUCUCUUGAAAAUGGCAAGUUUUGGUUUCCAGCUCAGGUCUAUAAUCGUGAGCAGAAUUGUCAUGUUGGUUUUAUGCUGUCAUGUUAUGAUGCCCAACUUUGCUAUGAUUUGCGGACUGACACCUUUCGGGCAAGAUACUCCCCUCACGGGCGGCGGACAACAGAGGAAAAUAUACAAUGGGAUAGGCUAAGAGCACCACCAGUUGAUACUCCUCCACAUAUUCUUCAUGCCUUUGAUUGUUUGAAUGACUUAAUGCCCGGAGAUCAUAUUGAGAUCCAGUGGAGAAGAAAAAGAGAAUUCCCUUAUGGUUGGUGGUAUGGUGUCGUUGGCCAUUUGGAACCAUGUGAUGGGAAUGAGAAUCACUGCCACUGUCAUGAUAGUGACAUGGUGAUAUUGGAGUUCAACCAGUAUAACCCCAGCUCUCGAUGGAGAAUGAUAGCCAUAAACAGGAAGGACCACCAGGAGGAAGGCAAUGAAGUAUGUGGCUUUUAUGGUGGAAUUAGGAAGCUUUACAACAAGGAGGAGAUUGCAAAGUGGAAGCGCCUUUGGCCAACUCAAGUCUUGGAAUAACAUGGUGACUCUUCACUCAUGACUGCUUUGUAAAUGAAGCCCCCUCUAGUUUUUUUUCUUUUUUCUUUCGCACUAUAGCUGUGAAUGAGAAUAGCUCAUAGUAAUAGGAGUCAUUCCAAGAGAAUGAAGGUUAGGUUGAUCAUUUUGGUUUGGCACAAAGAGGCCUUGAGAUGCAAAUAUAAUGUACUUAUAUAUACAAUGAUAUGAAUUUUCCAAUGAAAGUGUUACUCAAUAA